CCCAGAGUCCCUUUUCAACCUUCACUACCAACAGGGGCACCUUCAACCAUUUCCGUGGCGCACCGGCAGCGGAUCGAUUAAUAAUAAUAAUCGCUAAUAUUCCCAUAUACACACACUGGCAUUAUGUCUUUUCUUACUAUCAGCAGGGUAGCGCCAAGACUUCUCAAUUCAAAGACUUCAGCAUGUAUCGUUGUGUCCGCCAGAAAAGCCAGUGCGUCCACAAAUUUGAAAGAUGUGUUGGCAGAUCUGAUCCCCAAAGAACAGACUAGGAUCAAGAACUUCAAGCAGCAGUAUGGAAAAACCACCAUCGGCCAAAUCACUGUGGAUAUGGUCUAUGGAGGAAUGAGAGGCAUGAAGGGUUUGGUAUAUGAGACUUCAGUACUCGAUCCAGAUGAAGGUAUCCGUUUCCGUGGCUACAGUAUUCCAGAGUGUCAGCAGCUGUUGCCAAAAGCUGCAGGGGGGGAGGAGCCUUUGCCUGAAGGACUCUUCUGGCUGCUGGUCACUGGCCAAGUGCCCACCGAGGAACAGGCCGGCUGGUUGUCUAAGGAAUGGGCGAAGCGCGCUGCCCUCCCCUCUCACGUGGUCACCAUGCUGGACAACUUCCCCACCAACCUGCACCCCAUGUCCCAGUUCAGCGCAGCAAUCACGGCCCUGAACAGCGAGAGCAACUUUGCCCGAGCUUACUCCGAGGGAGUCCACAAGAGCAAGUACUGGGAGUUUGUCUACGAGGACUCCAUGGACCUGAUCGCCAAGCUCCCGUGCGUGGCCGCAAAGAUCUACCGCAAUCUGUACCGCGAGGGCAGCAGCAUCGAUGCCAUCGACUCCAACCUGGACUGGUCCCACAAUUUUACCAAUAUGCUGGGAUACAGCGAGCCCAAGUUCACCGAACUCAUGAGGCUUUACCUGACCAUCCACAGUGAUCAUGAGGGUGGCAAUGUCAGCGCACACACCAGUCACCUGGUGGGCAGUGCUCUGUCUGACCCCUACCUCUCAUUCAGCGCAGCCAUGAACGGCCUGGCUGGGCCCUUGCACGGAUUAGCCAAUCAGGAGGUGCUAGUGUGGCUGACGGCCCUGCAGAAAGAACUGGGUGGAGAAGUGUCUGAUGAAAAGAUGAGGGAUUACAUCUGGAACACACUUAAGUCUGGCAGGGUGGUGCCUGGCUACGGGCACGCCGUGCUGAGAAAGACCGACCCGCGCUACACGUGCCAGCGUGAGUUUGCCCUGAAGCACCUGCCCAGCGACCCCAUGUUCAAGCUAGUGUCUCAGCUCUACAAGAUCGUGCCCAACGUACUGCUGGAGCAGGGCAAGGCCAAGAACCCCUGGCCCAACGUGGACGCCCACAGCGGCGUGCUCCUACAGUAUUAUGGCAUGACUGAGAUGAACUACUACACGGUGCUGUUCGGCGUGUCCCGUGCCCUGGGCGUGCUGGCCCAGCUGGUGUGGAGCAGAGCCCUGGGCUUCCCUCUAGAGCGACCAAAGUCCAUGAGCACAGACGGACUGAUGGGCCUCGUGGGAGACAAGUCUGGCUAGAAGCAGAGGAGGUGGGGUCAAGGGCAAGGUGGCAUGGCUACUUUAAGAACAAGCUCUGGUGUGAGGGAUUCAAAGAGACAGUACGCUUUUAAAAUUCACUUAGAUCUAAAAAAGAAAAAAGGCCCUUUUUGAUCAAUACUAUUACUGAACAUAGUGUGACUAACGUAAACAGACCCGCUGUUGGAUCAUGGCUCAUUGUGUUUUGUUUGAUUAAAAGAAUUCUGGUUUAAUGGACUAACCAUUCACCAGUGCGUUAAGCAGGGAACUUAUGCUGUAGCAUUAGAUAUCUGCUGUUCAGUGUGUCAUUUGGUUUAUGUGUAUAUAUUUUAUGGGAAUAAACAGACCCUUUUUUUUACAGCCGUAGUUUAACAUCAGUUACUUUUAUCUCCUCAGUUCCCAUGUUACAUUUUGUAAUCUUGAAGCCAAUCUGAUCCUUGAUGUUCAGCCAGGCAUGGCAUCCCCCAAUAUUAUAAACAUGUUUUCGUAUAAGAACACUCCAAAUGGCAAAAACAAACCCCUUUUAAACACGAGUGAAUUCAUGACUAAAUCAUUUCAGCUCAGUAAGCUUGUGAUUCCCUUAAAAGGGUACUGCCCCUUUAAAUUCUCUCUUGCACCACUUUCUGACUUCAACAAAUCAUGUGUUUGGCCAUCCCCUGGUUUUUCCCAUCUUUAUUUGAAAUAACCUCCUACAUUUUAGUUUAAUCUUUCCCUCUGCAUGUAGACAUUUUGGGGAAACUCAAACGAUGCCGAUGAGGAGGGAGAGGAUGAUACCAAUAGCUCUGAACUUUGGACUUUUGGACUUGGCAUUUGUUAACUUAAGUGUUGGAUCUUAAAAGCAAGCUGAAACAUUGCUCUCAUUGUGCGUGGCCCAAAUUACUAUUAUGAUUUUCUCAGUAUGUCUAUGAAUACAAAAAGUUCUUAAGUGAUCUGCUACUCUAAAACAAGCACUUGGUAGUGAAUUCUUUGUGUUGGGUCAUAACACCCUCCCCACCCCCUGGGUUGAGUUGCAUCGACAUAUGUAGAGUUUUCUGAAUUAGGAUUUUGUACAAAUGAAAUUAGAUCAUUUUGUGUGAGUGCAUAAUUUGUGCUUUUAUUUAUGUUUUUGUAAAUAGCAGUAGCUUAAUUCUACAUAAAAUAUUGCUAAAUCAAGAUGAGUGUUACAUGCUCUUCCUCACCACUUAGCACAAAGUAGCCAUGCUUUAAGCUUUGCUUUAAAAAAAAGAAACCAAAACACCACUACUUUUUCAGCUUCUAGAUAAACCCAAAGCUGCUGGUCAGGUCAGGUCAAGACGGGUUUAUCCUCAGGAGGGGCUCAGGUUGGUUCUGCUGUUUCGUGCUUGCUCCUAGGCACCCACACUGCUUCGCAUGUUUGGUGUUAACUGACCGGUCCAUAAACGCUCCACAUGCUGGUACAGUAGGAUCUCCUUCCCUGUCAGAACUUCUCGCACUCUUUGGCUCAUUAUCUGUGACGUAUUAACCCCAGGUAACCGGCGCGUUUGUCCCGUAGGUCUGUUCGGUUUGCUUUUGUGUGCUGUUGUGUGAGGUUAUUUCAUAUAUUGAGGAAUUGAAACGAUCAGAGGGAAGAUUUCUUGAAGCCAGGAUGGUGGGAGGAGGUGGGGAGACUGGCGAGUCCACUGGGUUCAGUGGGAGAGAAGCAUAGGUGAACAAAACAAAUGGGGUAAACUUGACAACCAAUAAACGUUUUUAACAAAAAUGAUGGAGCUUUUUUUUUUUUUUUUCUUCUGCUAACCCUGUACAUGACAAAUGGUGUGAAAACAAGCAGACCUUUUGUUGAGUAUAAUCAAUCACAUUUUCUUUCAAGGAAUCAUUAGUGGUGACACUCAGGUUUGAUCAAUCUUUUUUUUUUUUUUUUUUCUCAUUUUUGAAAAGAGACUUUUUUUGAAGACAAGUAAUGAGAAAUGUCUCGUCUCAAUUCUGAUUGAUUUGAUUUUCUUCUUUCUUGACAGUUUUAAGCAAAACAUAAAUACAGUGAUUGGGGGGGGAUAGAGAGGUAGAUAUGUUAAGACCUUCACCAGUCUUCCAAAUGUUUCCAUUUUCACUCAAAAGUUAUUUUUAAUUUUAGCAUCCCCAAGGACAAUUUUGAAUUCACAGUACACUCCAAAUGUAAACAUACUAUACAGAAUAAAUAUACUUUCCAAGGC